UUCAAAGUUAUCUUCUCGACAAUUUACAAAUACGGAGACAAAUGGACACAUAGAACUAAAAAGUCAGACGAAUAUAUAAUGGUUACCAUGGAGUUGCCAUUUAUGUACUUCUACCUAACUAUUCAUUUGAUAGUUGCAAUGAAACGUGACUUAACUUUAUCUGAUUUAAGUGAGCUUAAGAAAAUUCAAAACAUGUUUUGUGAAGGACAAAAUACAUGCUUGUAUCACCCAGCCAUUCCGGAAUUUCUUUUGGGACAGUCGGACACGACAACGAUGGAAACUUCCACAGAUUUUGCCUCAAUUUGGAGUAAUUUACCUGUAAUACCACCCGUACGACCGGGUCAUGAAUGUUGUGAAGAAUGCUCAUGUGAUAUUGACAAUUGCUCCACUACUGGUUCUUGUUGUAUUGAAGCAGUAGAAGAAUUAUGGCCAAUUAAAGAGACAGACGUAGUGAUGUCUUGUGUGUAUCCGCAGCUACGACCUUAUAAUUAUAUAGAGUUAAUCUAUCCGAACGUUGACACACUAGUUCUAAUGUAUACAGAAUGUCCAAGGUUUAACACUGUAGAUUUAGAGACUGUGAAUAAAUGUGAACAAUCGGAUAACUAUCAAGACAUUGAAACUAAAAUCCCUGUUACAGAUAAUACAACUAUGAUCAUUUACAAAAAUCGUUUUUGUGCACUUUGCCACAAUGUUUCGGUAACCACCUUACACUAUUGGGAAGUUACACUGGAAUGUUUAAGAAGAAUAUUAAAACCACGAAAUAUCGGCUCAGUUAUUACUACAGUUUUAGAAACAGAGAGUUGCAAUCUAAAAUAUUUUAGGCCACAAUCUCUUGGCAUUACAGGACCGUUUUAUCAAUGUCAAGAUGUUAUUUCACAAUGCAAUGUUACAGGGCAUUGGCAGACGUAUAACUCUGUGUUAGAAGCAGCCUGUCUAGCAUAUUCCACCAUCUACAAUUUCAAAUACAGAAAUGUAUUCUGUUACUUGUGCAAUACAAAAGACACCAUUGGUGUCAACUACUGCAGUAGAACACCGCGGCCACAUGUUUUUGUCGAUUUUGUCGCGCUUCUGAAAUUUCAACCCGAACUUAGUCCUACGACGCCAGGUUUAGAAUCUCAAUUGACAUGCUCACAGAAUCAGCUGUAUGAUCCUUUGAAGAAUCUUUGCAGAGACAUAGAAUGUUUAUUCCCGAGGACGGUAGAAAAUGGGAAGUGCAUUAAUCUUGUUGAUAGUCUAGCAGGGAUUGAGUUUGGUUUAUAUCUGAGGAUGACACCUUUACAGGAAUCUGAAGGAGAUACCUUUACAGUACUACGGACUAUUGCAAAAGAAAUCAAAGAAAAAAUAAACUCAUUGAUAAAUAAAACCAUUGAACACAAGUGUAUGUUUUCUUUUAAGGUAUAUACAAAAAUAAACUUUGUGAAUGAAGGUUACCCUCUAAAUAACAGUACACAAUUUGAUGUACAAUAUUUUGUUUUAUACGUUGAAAUGUCGUGCGGACGAUUAAGUACCAUAAAACCAGAUACAGUAGACAAACUGCUGUCAUUUGACAACACAUCUCUCACAACUCAAUCUCCAUUUUACAACGGAACUGUCAACAGAUAUCACGUUCAAGUAGAUCAGUACAAGAGCAAAGCUGGUUCUGUUACACGUGAUCGGUUUUAUAAAUAUGUAGAUGAUCUAAAUGAAAUAUUUGUUGAAGAUAUUCCACCAAAAUAUAAAAGGUACCCAUUAAUAGUACUUAGUGUUCCUUACAUGUGUCCCUCGGUUCAGAUAAAUAGUACUGAACUUAAAAUUGUUGGAUAUACUGAGUAUAUUGCUAUUGAAGAAUACAAUACAACUGUUGACUUAAAAGAAAUUAAUAUUGAAACAAAUUCCGGCGGGGAAUCAUUCUCAAUUCGUAUGUGCACAAGCUUAUUUGACCGUAUUGUUCAACCGUUCAAUGCUAUGAAAAAAUCUACACUUAAACCUUUACAGACUACUUGUGGUGAAGAAACAUUUUCUGCCAAAACCAUUUUAACUUUGGUUUGCACAACUAUAAGUAUUUUCUGUUCAAUCGUUACUCUUUUAGUUUACCUAAAAUUUAAAAAGUUUAAAACGCAACCUGGAGUAAACAACAUAGUUCUUUGUCUUGCCUUGAUAACUGCACAAUCUCUGUAUCAAUUUGGCAGCGGACAGUCGUGUAAUGUUUCAAAAUUAUCUUGUCAAGUUAUUGGUGCAUUUGUCCAUUUCUCCUGGUUGUUUCUUAUGUUUUGGAUGAAUUCCUGUUGUAUUCACAUGUUCCGUGUGUUCAGAUUAAGUCAAACAAAGAUUGCUGUGUUUAAUGUUCAGAAAACAACAAUGGUUUAUGUUUCAAUAUGUAUUGCAUGUUCUUUAUUCAUCGUAGGAACAAAUGUAAUUGUAUCGCAAAUUAGCAGUGAUGGACUUGAUAUUGGCUAUGGUGGCACAUUAUGUUACAUAAGUCAAGGGCACAUGGUAGCGUUCUUGUUUGCUUUACCGGUAGCUGUUAUUAUUCUGUUAAAUAUUAUACUUUUUACUAUAGUUAUAUUGCAGAUGAGGAAAACUUCAAAAGUUCAAAAUGAUACAAAUAGACAACAGUUUUUACAUAUUUAUGCCAAACUUUCGACUUUAACGGGAUGCACUUGGGUUUUCGGUUUUUGCAACUACUUUCUAAACAUCGCUGCUUUCGAUUAUAUAUUCAUAAUCCUCAAUGCUUCUCAAGGGGUGUUUCUCUUCAUUGCAUUUGUUGCUAAUAGACGGACACUGAAAUCAAUACUUACGGGAAAGGACCACGAACAAACUGUUAAUAAAAGCGCAAUGAGUAACAUUAGAGGUAAUACGGAUUCAUCAUCAUUACAAAAUUAAAUACAAUGUAUAGAGAAAAUUGUAUUAUAUGUUAUGAGGAUA